UGAAGGAGUGGUCGGAGGAUAAGGACAACUCCCUCUCAGGAGAACUACUUAAAGCUGUGACAGAUCAAGCUAAAACUCAGUUGUAUCCAGCCAUCACAAAAUGCAUCUCCUUGCUCUGGUCUUUGGGAUUGUGCUUCUCCCUGCAGCCUACCCCCUGAAAUGUUAUGAGUGUAUACCGGGAAGCUUGGGAACCUGCACAGACACACAAAGAGAAUGCCCUUCAUCUUACCAGUGUGCUGCACUGAAAGUCACUUCAUAUGCAGGUGCUUCAGAACUUCUUAGUAUGGACAUGAAAAGUUGUGCAUUGCCUGUCGAGUGUGUUGACGGCUCAAUCAACUUUGGAAUUUCCAGAACCGUACUGACCAGCAAGUGCUGCAACUCUGAGCUCUGCAACACCCAACCUGCCCCUGCGCCCAGCAAAUCCAAUCCCAAUGGUAAGAAGUGCUACUUCUGCAACGGACAAGAGUGCACCGCAACUCUGAACUGUCUGGGGAGUGAGGACCACUGCAUCUCAACAACAGUGUCUUCAGGAGGUGCACAGACUGUCUUGAAAGGCUGUGCCUCCAAGCUGUUGUGCUCAGCCACACAAAAUGCACAGAUUCAAGCACUCAUUGGACAAGAAAUUAGCUGCUGUCAGGGUGACUUCUGCAACAGCGCCAGCAGCAUAAGUGCUGGCCUCCUGCUCCUGGUGGCACCGCUGGUCUCUUUGUUCACGCUCUCUUAAGUGGUGACGAUGGCAGCAUCACUGCUCAGAAAAACUCAGAAGGUUUAGCAAUUAAUAUAUGAAAAAAUAAUGUAGUUCUGAGUGCUAUUAUGAACCUGAAACCUGUUUUUACUUGGAAUUAUCAGGACUAUUGUAAUGUGACUGAUAAAAAGCAAAAUAAACACUUUCUCCUUUUA